AUGGCCUUAGCCGACAGCGCCCGCGGGCUACCCAACGGCGGGGGAGGCGGCGGCGCGCGGAGCGGCGCGCGGGCCGAGCCGGCGUCGGAGCUGGCGUCGCCGUCGCCGGGGAGCUUCCCAGAGAUCGUGGAGUUGAACGUGGGCGGGCAGGUGUACGUGACGCGGCGGGGCACGGUGCUCUCGGUGCGCGGCUCGCUGCUGUGGCGGCUUUUCUCGCAGCAGGAGGCGGCCGAGCUGCCCCGCGACGCCAAGGGCCGCUUCUUCCUGGACCGCGACGGCUUUCUCUUCCGCUACAUCCUGGACUACCUGCGAGACCAGGAGCUGGUGCUGCCCGAGGGCUUCCCGGAGCGCAACCGCCUGCGCCGAGAGGCCGAGUACUUCCAGCUGCCCGAGCUGGUGCGCCGCCUGGCGGCCGCGGGCGCCUCCCCGGCCCCGCCGUGUUUCGCGGGACUGCUGCGCGAAGCCUCGGUGUGCGCUGAGGACCCCCCGGCGGGGCUGGGCUACCUGGAGGCGGACUUCGCCGAGGUCCCGGGCCCGGGCGCCUCGCCCACCGCCAGCCGCAGCCCGUCGGGGGCGCCGCCGACGCUGGCAGCCUCUCUCUCGCUGGACGCCGGUGGGGGCGGCGGCGGGGGCGGCGGGGCCGGGGCCGGCCGACGCUCAGGCUACAUCACCAUCGGCUACCGCGGCUCCUACACCAUCGGGCGGGACGCGCAGGCCGACGCCAAGUUCCGCCGCGUGGCGCGCAUCACGGUGUGCGGCAAGACGGCGCUGGCCAAGGAGGUCUUCGGCGAGACGCUGAACGAGAGCCGCGACCCGGACCGGCCGCCCGAGCGCUACACCGCCCGCUACUACCUCAAGUUCAACUUCCUGGAGCAGGCCUUCGACCGGCUCAGCGAGGCCGGCUUCCGCAUGGCCGCCUGCUCCUCCACCGGGACCUGCGCCUUCGCCCCCGAGCAGGGUGGCCCCGCCGACGACAAGAUCUGGACCAGCUACACCGAGUACGUCUUCUGCCGGGAUUGAGCUCCCCCCGCACGUCCCGGGAAAGGAGGCGGCGGCGGCGGCCCGUUCCCCGUCGGAGAGCUGGCGACGCCCCUCGGCAGUCCCGCUCCUGCCUUGGCGAAGCCUCCCCGGCGGCCACGUUUCCCCCGAGCGUCUGCGCUGCCCUCCCCUCCCGUCCCCGUCCAGCCCGGGAGCUCUUUCGGAUAGGGCAGCGGGCCUCCCUCAGCCCAGCCGCUCGUGGGGCACCGAGGCUCUACUGGUAUCCCCUUCCCUUCCCCAGGGUGAAGCACCCCCAGCCGCCUCCACUGGCGAGCGGGCCACCCUCCCCGAAGGCUCCCUGUUCCCCGAUAGGGCCCGCUGCUGCCGAGCGACUGAGAGGCUGGCGGGCGAUGGAGGCCCUGUGCUGGCCGCCGCUCCCCACGUAGCCUGAGGCCGGCCGCUUUGCCCCUGCUGCCCGCUCCUCCUCUCGGCGCUCGGAAAAGUUGCUCGCCCGCUCGUUUGGCUCCUCCGGUUGCCUCUCGGCUUUUUCCAAAGUUGCCCGGGACAGCGAGCCGGGGAGCGAGCGAGCGGAGGGGUUGUCCCGGCGGCGGCAUCCGAGAGCCUUCGCAUCUCUCAGCGGCUCGGGGAGGUACCUCCGGCUGGACCAGCCCUGGAAAGGAGGCGGCGGCGGCCCCGCUCCCUGCUCUUUCAGUGCAAGCAGCUGGCGAGGCAGGGCGGGGCUACGUGCUGAAGCCGGCAGGCUGCCCCCAGCAUCCCCGGAUCUGGGCCCUUGCGCUGCUGCCCGACCCGCCCCGCCUUUCCGCAGCAGCGACUCCCGACUUGUAGCUGGGGAGGCGGUGGGGUGGCGCGGCUGGUCGCUGAAGGGGGCUUUCGGAGUGCGGUUGGGGCUACCUCCGCAAAGGCCCCCGGAACGCAGAACGUCGUCCCUCCUUCUCCUCCUCAGCGUAGAAAUUGGACUCUGCGUGUGCUUGAGAAGUUUGGCUGGCGUUUUCAUCUGACGGUGCUAAAUUAAUAUAAGAACCCCCGAAAAAAGUGUUUUUCGAGAUCAGGUUGCAGA